AUGGCUCUCCCGUCUAAACCGGCUACAACGGUUAUCAUCAUCGGCGCCGGGUUUUCCGGAGUGGCUAUGGGAUGUCAACUGACACGCAACUAUCAUCUGGAAGACUAUUGUAUCUACGACCGCUGCUCUGGGAUCGGAGACCCAGGCUGCGGUGUAGAUAUCCCCGCAAUAAGCUACAGCCUCUCCUUUGCGAAGAAUUCUUCGUACACAAAAUUGUUUCCUGAGCAGUCCGAGGUUUUGGACUACAUUUCUGGCGUGGCCCGGACUUAUGGAGUGGACCGUCACUUCGUUGGGAACGUGGAGUGGAAAGGUGCCACCUGGAAGGAGGAUACCCAGACCUGGCUCUUGCAAUUCGAGGACCUGCAGACUGGCCGCCAUUUCAUGCAAGCCUGCCGUAUUUUGAUCUCCGCCGUUGGCGGGGUGGUCAAUCCUCAUCCUUUCACGGUGCCAGGCGUCGAAAGAUUCAAAGGUCCUAUUGUGCACACUGCUGAGUGGAGGUCGGACAUCGACCUCCGAUAUAAGCACGUAGCCGUCAUCGGCAAUGAAACAAUCAUUGAUGAAGUUAAGACCAUUACACAUUUCAUGAGGACACCCCAUUACCUGAUCCCCACCGAAAACCAUGACAUCCCUCCAUUAUGGCGCAGGCUUCUUUGCUAUACAGCAUGGCCCCAGUUUAACAAGACCCGUUGGGGAAGCAGGACCCGCCAGAAAUCCGUACAACGCAGUUUGAACUAUCCUCGUAGCGCACAAAUACUCAUGAUGGGGCUAGGUCGAUACUGGGAUCUGUUAAACCCCUCAUACGAGUUUGGGUGCAAGAGGCGCGUCUUCGACCAAGGGUACUUGCCCUGCCUACAGCGAGAUAACAUCCGCCUUACCGACGACCCAAUUGUCGAGAUCCUACCAACCUCGAUCAGAACCCAGUCCGGUGCUCAGAUAUCUACUGAUGUCAUAAUCAUCGCCACCGGCUUCAGCUUGAUACAGUAUGACACUCCGCUCUAUGGCCGCGAAAGUAUAUCCCGCCAGCAGCAUUGGCAGGAGCUUGGUUCCAAGAUGGCUUUUGAGUCUGUCGCGAUGCACGGCUUUCCGAAUUUCUUCUACAUCCUGGGUCCUAAUUCGGGACGCGCACACACGUCGAUUUUAUUCUCUAUCGAAAAGUAA